AUAAGGUAUGACGUUGGAUCAUACCUUUCUAAAUCUUGUUGUAGGAGAAAGAGGCUUCCCUUUGCAAAGUUGAAGGAAACAAGAGUUGAGAAGACUAAUGAAAAAUCAAUUACUAUUAGUCUCCCAUGAUUAAUAUUACAAUGAGACCAUAGUUCCUCUAUGGAGAUCUUUUUUCCUGAUUAAACCCCAUCUUAAAAAAAAGAGAAGAAAAAUGAAACUUGGUUGGGGGAAUAAGCAAAAUGGAAACUAGUACGUUGGCCAUAGGCUUGUUGUUGAGAGAAUUAUAUGCUAAUCCUCACUUUAUUAGAGUAUGAUGUCAAUCAGAUAGCUAUAACACUGGUUGCAGUUAAAGCAUUCUUAAAGUUGGUUUAUCAUUGUUAGGUCAAAAGUGUGGAGGCAACUAAUAGAUUAGGUAUACAUAAUUUUCAACGCUAGGUCUUUCUUAAGUAAACUGGAGCCACUGUCCAUCGUAUCGUGGAGCUGAUAGUUUUUUUCUGUAUAUUGAGGUGAAUUUAAGGCAAGUAUUUUAAAUUCAAUUGAACUUUAGCUCGAAUUAUGUAUAUAUGCGCAUGUAAAAAAAAAAUUAAAAUGUACAAAUAUAAUGAGACUAUGGUCAUUCUGAACUUCUUACUUUGGAUCUUCGAUUCAACUACAUGACCAUUUAAUGCGUUGAGUAAUUUUUUUAAUUUUGACUAAGGAUUAUAGGUUUUUUGCAAGAGAAACAGGGGUAUCAGGAAUGAGUCUCUGUUAGUUAAAGAAGGCAGCUAUUAUCUGCUGAUAAGAUUGAUUUUGGCUGAAUCUAAGUAUCGACAGGACAUUCUUUAAUCAGCGUGCUUUAUCAAAAUUUGACUUUUUUUUUAUUCUUUGGACAUGAAAUGGUAGAAAAAAGAGUCUUAAAUUUUGAACAAGAAAAUUAUCCGAAUUUAGACAACUUCAUAUUACCAAGGACAUGAUCGUAGAUAGGUGGCCGUGGAGGUCAUGUAUAAGCAUAGAAGGUUAAAAGAUAUUGUUGUCUUGUUUUUCGAGGGCUUAGGCUUGUUGGUGUUUGUCGGAGUACUAGCCGAAUUCUUGUAGUUCUUGCUUUUGAUACCUAUCAUUAUAUGUUUAUUGUGUUUAAGUUACUGCGCUAUUUUGUUGUUGUUCUUAUUCCUUUCUACUAUUUCUCUUAUUAGUUUUUAUGUUGUUUCACUGUUUUUUCUUCUUUUCUAUAGCUGUAUAUCCUGUACUUGAGCCAAGGGUCUUUGGUAGUACUACGACAUGCACAUACCUCUACCCCCAUUGUGGGAUUUCACUGGAUAUGUUGUUGUUGUAAGAUUAUCUGAAUACAUAAUUCGAAUAAUAUGCUACAAAGAUCUUGAAUUAUUUUUUUUUAUCUAAUCCACAACUUUGCUAUUGAUGUUGAGAUGCUGUUUUCAUCUUAGUUCCUAUUGGCUUUUGCAUUAAGUAAAUCUCUCUUCUUUUUUGCUGCUUGGCUCACUAUAUCUGUAUGAGUUUCAUGUUUAUCAGAAAUACCAGUCCAUUAGGUAUCAUAUAUCUGCUUAUAAAUUGGUUGUUGACGUAUAAUAAACCGUUCAGCCAAUGAACUUAAUUCUAUCCCCAUCAGCAUCUAUUCAAAUUAGAUGAAUUCCCUGCUGUAUAUUCACUAUUUUUAUCAAAGUCAUCCUCCAUAAUCCCUACAUGUGGUCCUCACUAAAUCUUUAUUCAUGGCCCAAAAAAGCAAAUUUAUAACCUUUUAAAAUAAGCUGACACAAAGAGAGUUGACAUUUUCCUAGGUAUCGCUUGAGAAAGAAUAAACUUAUAAUUUCAUAAAUGGACAAUGCAGACCCCAUGCCUUAACAUUACUGGAUAGUGAAAAUUGUUUGGAUAAAAAUAAAGACAAAAACAUUGUGCUUCUUGAAUCAGUUUCCUCUAACUAAAGGUCUACAAAUGUAUAAAAAAAUUAUGGAACAUAACGAGUAGUCACAGCAAGAAAUGUAUAUAUAAUGGGACUGAUCUCUAGCUGUUGUGAAACACUCUGGCUAGUUGCAUAUUCUUGAAUGAUAAAUACAAUGUCUAAGUUCAAGUAUUUAUCUUGCAUUAUUUUGCUAUUGCUUUCGUCUGCAUUACUCGAGGCUCGCCCCAUAAGGUCUAUUAGGAUUGCCAGGGAAGCGUUGGAGGAACAAUUCGAAAGAGAGAAGGCGAAAGUUGGCGCACACGAGUGGCCUCAGCGAGUGAGUCCAGGAGGACCUGACCCUCAUCACCAUUUUAAAAACAACUAAUCAGAAAGUUGUAGUCUUGCCAAGACUGAGUAAGAACUAGGGAAGUAAAAAUCAAGAUUAAUCGAUCCUCCCUACAUCCUAGCGUCCAUAUUAAUCUAUGUUACUCAAAUCCUUCAAAAAUGUCAUCGGGUGUGUGUUGGAUGCUCCAAAAGUAAAUGCAUUUUUGGAGGAUCUGACAUGUGUGCCGCUGCAUUUUUGAAUGUACAAAAAAACGAGUUUUUUUGGGGAUUAGUAUGAAAAUUCACAAGAAACUUGUUUUUCUGCAAAUUUUCAUACUAGUUCUCAAGAAAAUCUUCAUCCCCAUGUAAUUCACAGUUUUCUUGUAGUGACAAGUGACAUAGUCCAAAACUGGCUCAGUAUGUGUCUAGAUACAGUGUGUGAUUAUAGUUACUAACAAGGAAUGUUUUUUUUUCCUUCUGUAUAAUAAUAAUAAUAUGAUCUGAUGGUUUUU